AUGGUGUCAGUUAUCGCCAAAAUGGCGGGCCAUGCGUUGUCGAAAGGGCAUUUUCUUGGCCUUGUUCUUGGUCUUUGUCUCGGUCUGGUUAUGGCUCUCUUCGCUGUCCUUGUCCUUGCUGCCGGCCUCGACGCUGCCCUCGAAUGGGACAGAGAGCGUGGUACUGGAUGCGUCGCCGGAGCUGGAGCUGUUGUGACGCCUCGAACGAAUAACUCGGAAGCCGUAAAAGCGUGUGCUAUCGAGAAGGAGAAAAAAAUCCAGAAUCAGAAUCGGACGGGGUCCUCGACGAUGAUUGAAAAGCGGGGCAGAAAGCCAAUAUGA